UGGUGGGGACUUGGCUCUCGCUCGCUCGUCCUGCAGGGCCAAGAGGUGGAGGUGCCAACUGAGCUGCGUCUUGGAGUGUUGCCCCAGGGGGAGUGCCAUGGCAGAGAGCCUUGCCCAUAACUCUGCAUUGGAAAGGGGUUGUGGGUCUGGGUUGCUGCUGCAGGUGCACCGACACCCUGCCAGCCGGCAAGGAUUUUGAGGUGGCUGCCAGCCGAAUCCACAUUGCUGCCCGGGAUGGUGGGAGAGAUUCCUCGCCAGCCACGCCGCUUCUGGGGAGUGCCAGGGUGGCAGGUCUCGCCGGCCAGCUGUACCAGUGCUCAUCUGUUGCUAGAGGGGGAGAGGGGACUCGCCAGGAGAGGCAGCCAGUGGCUGAGGGAUGCAGCCUGGCCACUUUCCCCAUAGUAGGCUCCAAUCCUCUAACCCGACGGCACUUUAGCCCCAAACCCUGACCCUCCGCCACGCCCCAUGCGGCACCUCAAUGCCGAGUCCGCCCUCCCCCAGGACUGCAGCCGUGGGCCCGAGCCGGAGGAGGAGGAAGAGGAGGAGGAGGAGGGCGAAGAAGCGGGGGCCCCGCCCCACCCUUGGAGGCAGCCUCCGGGGGUCCUGAUGGGUUGCGGCCCCCCGGAAUUGACGUGCCAGAAGGUUUACCAGGUCUCCAUCUUCUCGCCGCCGGCCGCCGGCUCCCACCCUCCCGAGCAGAGGUCCCCGGGGCGGCAGCCCAUCAAGCGGACGUGCCCGGAGCCCCAGCGGCCGGCCGAGGGCGACUGGGAGGCCAAGCGGGGCUGCUGGGAGCCCGGCGGGGGGGACGACGCCAUUGAAGAUGGGCUCCUGGUGGAGGACCUGGCCCUGGGCGGGGCGGCCCAGCAUUUCUCCCACAGCGGCCUGCGGGUGGUGGAGCAUCGCCAGGAAGACCCUGCCGCCGCCCGCCGCCCCCAGGUCCGCCGCCGCUGCCGGAGCCGGGAUCCCAGCCCCGCUGGGGCCCAAGAAGGCACCGCCCCUCCGGCGCCACCGCACAUCCCUUGCGACACUUUGCACACGAGAGACUGCACCCGGGGCCCGCUGCGGGACGGCCCCACCGCCUCCCUGCCCCCGCAGGACGAGGGGGUGGGCGCUGGGGGCCCCCGUUCCCGCCUUGGCCCUGAAUUGCACAGCUUUGCCCAGGCGCUCCCGCCAGGGGAGGGUAUAACCCAGGCGGCCGCCAGGCCUCCAGAUCACAGCACUCCGGGGGUGGCUAACGGGCUGCCCUCCUCGGAGAAGACGCCUCCGUGCCCUGGCCCCAGGCUGCCUGGAGCGGGGGGAGCCACCCGCGGAUGCCCAGCCAAGCGGAAGCUGCUGCCCGCCGUGGAAGGGGCAGCGACGGAGACGGCCUCGGAGGAUGAGAGCCUCCCUCCCGCCCGGAAGAAGCGGCUCCUGCCCCGCCCGGCCGUGCCCGCCUCCUGCCGCAGCACCGACGCCAAGGGCGCCCCUUUCUGGAACCACCUGCUUCCUGCUGCCAAGGGCUCGGUGAACAGCAGCGGCUGUAGCAGCGUCCGUGGCGAGCUGAAGACUGGCCUGCGCCUCAAGCCGAGACACCUCCGCAAGACUCCAGCGGGAGGAGGCCGGCUCCCCCCCGGCCCCUGGGCCACCACCUCCACCAGCCGGGCCCUGCUGGGGAACUUUGAGGAGUCCAUGCUGAAGGGGCGCUUCCCGCCAUCGGGCCGCAUCGAGGGCUUCACGGCGGAGAUUGGGGCCAGCGGCUCCUACUGCCCGCAGCACGCCACCCUGCCUGUGGAGGUCACCUACUUUGACAUAGCGGAGCACAGUGCCCCCUCGCCCUUCCUGGGUGUGAUAGACUUGGAAACCUUGGGAAAGAAGGGUUACAGCAUCCCCAAAACAGGCACAAUCCAAGUGACCUUAUUCAACCCGAACAAGACGGUGGUGAAGAUGUUCCUGGUGACUUACGACUUCCACGACAUGCCUGCCAACCACGUCACCUUCCUGCGCCAUCGCAUCUUCCUGGUGCCUGUGGGCGAGGAGGAGCAGGGCCCCAGCCAGGCCUCUGCUGAGCUGCCGAGGAGGGUGCUCUGCUACCUGAUGCACCUGAGGUUCCACAGCUCCAAGUCUGGGAAGAUUUACCUGCAUGACAACAUCCGCCUCCUGUUUUCACGCAAGUCCAUCGAGAUUGACUCCGGGAUCCCCUACGAGCUGAAAUCCUUCACAGAACUGCCGCGCAACCCCUGCUAUUCACCCAGAGCCUGAUGAGAGUAUCAAGGGGGGGUGUGAGCCAUGCCUGGAGGCCGCACGUUGCCUGGACAGGAGGAGAGGCGGGCACGUGGUUGUUGGCAGCUGCCAGCCAGGCACUGGGCUGGAGAGAGAGAGAGAGAGAGAGAGAGAGAAUAUGUCUGCCACAGCCCCUCCCCAGGAACUGUGGCUCUUAAUUUGGGCUGGGGCUGCAGCCAGCCUGGACUAUGAAAGCAAUGAAUCUAAACACAGUCGCUCUGGGGCCUCGUGCACUUUUGCUGGGGCUGGGCUGGGCGGGCACCAGAGAAGAGGGAGCGGAGGCCUCCCCCAUGCGCACGCACACACACAUAUGAAGCAAGGGGGGAUGUGUAGAGUUGGGUAGGUGCUGCCUCACAGGGUCUAGCAAAAGAUAGUGUCAUCAGGGUUAGGGGCCCACCGAGGGCGCUCCGUGUUUGUGUGAGUGCGCGUGAGAGAGGGAAAAUGUUGGAACUGGGGGGGGGGACACAAGAGAUUUUGUGGGAGUGCAGAAUUGAGAGACCUCGAGAGCCACUUGGUGAGGUUUCGGUGGCCUCGUGGGCCGGCUUCUCCUGAGCCGAAGGGGCUCCGAUGGGUAGGUGUGGAGAGCGCGUGGCCAAUGGGUUUUGGAAGCCGGGGUCUGGCUUCCCCUCUACUUCCCCAAGCCUUGUGAGUCAAGAGGACGUGCGCGUGGCAGGGAGCAGAGUCGCUCAGACCCCCCCACCCCCACCACCACCAUUCUCUCAUCAUCGUCCUGACCUGGACGAGGGAACCCUCUUUCUUCCUGGGAUUAGGGAGUAUUGUCCACUCCUGCUUCCGGCCCUGAUGGUGCAAUGUUUGCCCAAUACCCCACCCCACCCCACCCCCCAGGCCUCUGUCCGGCAGCCCCAAUGCGCCACUGCAGGUGGGGGCUACCACUGGCGGUGGUGUCCCAUGGCGAAGACCCAUCUGUGUUGCUCCUUGGCCCUCCCCACUGUCCGUUCGCAGAGUGUGACAGAGAAGGGAAAAGCAGGACGGUGGUCUUCUUGGGGAAAUCGCAGGUGAGGCUGUCGGGAGGGCCUGGGCCCACCGGCCUUUUUGCUGCUGCUGCUGCCACCGCCGCCUCUGAUGUGUGUCUUGUGGCUUGAAUCGAGACCACUCUCACCUCCCCAAACUGAAAAUGUUAAUGGUGCCAAACUUGAUGAUGAUGCCAGGGGUGUGUGGGUCCCAUUGAGGGAGGAGUGGGGAAGCAAGCAGAGCAGCGUCUAUUUGGGAAUUUCAGCAUGGAGGUUUCUGUGUAAGUUUUAAAGCACUAGGGGCGGGGGGGGGAUGUCAUAAAGACUGCCUUUGCAAUAACUCUUAAGGCUGCUUUUGCUCCCUCCGUCUCCUAGCCUGCUGGCAAUGGGGAAGGCCCACAGGGAUACUUUGCACUGUUCCAGAGAUUAAGGGGGACGGUUGGUAUGGCUGCCACAGCCUUUGAAGGUCUCCCCCACCCCCAAGAGGAACCGUCAGGACCUCUCCUCCUCCUCCUCCUCCUCCUGUCCUGUCCUGGUUGGGGGCUGCAUUUCUCAAGUUCUCCUAAGGGGUGAGGCAGACGUGGGACAACCAUUGUAGAUGACACUUGAAAAUAUUUAUAUUUAAGAAAAGGGAGACAGAAAGAGAUGUACCUGAUACUGUCUGUCUUUUUUUGAAAGAAAUGAAUUCUAUAAAUGUGUGUUUGGAAAACA